CGCGCGUGAACUCUCAAAAGCAGAGAGCGAUUCCUCUCUGUCUCAUUGCUGCGCUCUGUUUCUCCUCACUUCUCUCCUCUUCUCUGCGUUUACAAAAACAGAACGCUACAAAAAAGCCCCUAAAAAAAAAAAUCCUCAGAUCUUAAGUAUCGAAUGGAAAAGUGGCAGAGAGUCCAGAAACCGCCGGUUAGCCGCGGGUACGAUUACCCUUCGUUUUCGUCUACCUUGCUCGACUCCAUUUACCGAUCAAUCGACGAUGAAACUAACUGCAGAGCACCAGAUCCACCAGCAACCAAGAAAAAACAGAGCAACACAGACCUCAAAUGGUCCCCACCGGUGACCCGACUCAGGACACCCCGCGGAGCGCCGGAGCAAGCUAAGAAGCACGCGCCGGCGGUGACCAGACCUCAUCACUUCCGGUCAACAACUUCGAGCUCAUCCGAUAGCUCGAGCUAUGGCGGAUUCUCCUCAUCGGAACCCGAAUCCGCAACUGCAAACCCUAACCGGCUCAAACCGAUCCGAACCGUCCGUGCCCCCACCCCGCCGCCGAUCUCCAUCCCGCUGCAGCCGGAGAAGAAGAAGAAGAAUCUCACUCAAUCCGUAGCAAAUUCCGCGAUCUGAAGAAAUCGCAGAUCGCCGACCUCGCCGGCGGCGAGGCUGGCGAGCUUCCUCAACUCUAUCUUCACCUCCUCGACUGCGGGAAGCGGCUCGGAAGCAGAAGAUCGCCGCCCGCCGGCGAGGAAUCGGCUUGCCUCGACGGCGUCGUCGUACUCGCGAUCUUGUCUCGUGAAGACGCCGUCGACGUCGCGAUCACGCCGAUAAGAGGUCUGUAAGGUUCGCGUGCGGUUGACGGCGGGAACGGGCGGCGGGGAGUCGAAGA